AUGUUAAUAUACGUUGUAUUAUUACCCGAUAAACUUAUACCUAUUGAAUGUCAAUCAAACGAUCUCAUUAAAAAUAUCAAAGAAAAAUUAAUUUUACAAUUACCAGAAUUAAAAAAUUUUCUAGGCAGAUUUUCGUCACAGUAUAAAUUAACAAUUGAACAAUCACUCAACAUACGUAUUGAACUUGAAGACCGAAAUACACUUGAAUUUUAUGAUAUUAAUGAUGAUAGUAUCAUUAACGUAGAGAAGACAACAAAUAAUGUUCAAGCAGAUGCAGGUAACACAAGAUCCUUUCGACAAAAAGUAAAUGAUUUGUUUAAUAAACAUAUUUCACAUCAUUCACAAACGGAAAACGAGAGAUCAUUAACGUCAAUUGAUUGGAUUCAUCAGCGAAAAGAAAAUAUAUAUACAGAAGAAAUAAACAGCAGUGAGUAUAAUAAUACAGCAUUUAGUGCAACAUACAUGUUUCACUUCUAUUUUGUUUUAUGUGUUGCAGAUGCGACAACACCAUUUGAGGAUCAAACUACGGUAUCUGUUCCACAUCAACUUACCGAUUUAGAUAAUACAAACUUCAAUUUGCUAAACCCUGACCAAAAUUAUGAGGAAUAUCACUCAGAAACAGCUUCAUCAUCAUAUUUCUGUGUUCAAUCCGACAAUGAAAAUAAUAAUAAUAAAUAUGCCAAACCAUUAUCAUCUCGUGAAAAUGAAUAUCAGCAUAUUUAUUCUGAACUGUCGGUAAAUGAUGAAAUUUCAACUUGCUUAUGUGAAAUAUGUCAAGAUAAAGUUAAAUAUGAGGAUAUAUAUGUAUUGGAUUGUGAUCAUAAGCUAUGCUAUUCCUGUUAUGCCAGAAUGUGUGAAAGCAAAUACAAUAAUCAAGACUUACUAGCAUGUUUUCAAUGUAAUCGUGCAUUAACGGACAGUGAAUUAAACCAUUUACGUUUAAAUAAGCAUAUAAUUAAAGAAUAUAAAGACUAUCAGUGUACAAAAAUGCUGAAUAUUUAUGCCCAACGUACAAAAGGAGUGAUUAAAUGUCCUGGUCGUACAUGUAAAUGGAUGGCAGAAGCAGACGAUCCAUAUGAUAGAUUUAAAGUAACAUGUAAAUUAUGUAAAACAAAAUUUUGUUCAUUAUGUAAUCGAUCACCUUAUCAUUACGUAAUAGAAUGUAAUGAAAUACCAAAAAUAAUUGAACAAUGGCAUCUUUGGUGUAAUCAAGAACGUGGACGUCACUUACGACAACGAGCAAGUGAGAAUGAAGCAUAUCGAAAACAGUUAAACGAUUACAAUAAUGCUGCAGAAGCAAAUAAAAAACGUAAUGAUGAACUAAAACGACGUCAUGAAGAUUUGAUGGCUGAUGAGUCGUACAAGCAAAACAAGUGUAAAUAUUGUCCAAAAUGUAAUCGCGUGAUAGAAAAACUUGAAGGUACACAAAUACUUGAAAUAUUUUAA